AUGGAUAACGUAAACUUUCAGCCGAGUGGCGAGGAAAUUGAGCGGGCGCUCAUGGACCUAGGCCCGCUGCUCGGCGUCACCAUCAAAGAGGAGGUCCCAGACGAGCUGGCAGAUCCUAAUGCCUCCGCACGCUCUAAUCUAAAUGUUAGCAGCACCCCCGAUGGUGGCAUCGGCGGCGCGGGAGCCCCGGGCGAGGGUGGCAGCGCGGCGGAAGGCAGCGAGAAUGCAGACGGAACAGAGGGCACGUGCAAGGGUACGAAUGCGGAUUCGUUGGCCUCUCCGUCGGCACCGCGAGCGGCGCUGUCCGGCACGCGCUGCGUGCUCUGCCACACACCCCUCGCGCUCAGCGACGGCACGCCCAAACUUAUGGAGUGUCUGCACUCGGCCUGCGAGCCCUGUAUCAAGGCCAAGGUCGAGGAGAAGCAUGCCAGCUCUCGGGACUUUUUAGGCGCUGAGCGCGUGACGGUGACUUGUCCUGCGUGCCGGCUGCAGUGCCAAGUGAGCAACAUGAUCGACCAGCGCUUCGUGCUGGAGAAGAUGAGCCUGGAACAAAGUGGCUCUAACGGCGCACUGGCGGGCGAGCAGCAGUGCAACAGCUGCGACGACACGGAGCCCGCCACCAGCUACUGCGUGGACUGCGCCGAGUUCAUCUGCGACAACUGCGUCAACGCGCACCAGAGGCUGAAGAUAACGAAGGAACACACGAUCAAGUGCAAGGAGGAGGCGGUGGCGGAGCUGCAGGCGGCGUCGGUGGGGCGCGCCGCGCACGACAUGUUCUGCGCCGAGCACUCCAACGAGCGCCUCUCGCUCUUCUGCGAGACCUGCGACCGCCUCACCUGCCGCGACUGCCAGCUCACGCACCACCGCGACCACAAGUACCAGUUCAGCACCGAGAUGGCCGCGCAGGCUCGCGCCAACAUAAGCUCGCUGCUGUCGGAGGUGAGCUACAAGCGCGUGCUGCUCGGCUCCGCCAUGAAGGUCAUCCGCGACCGCCAGCAGCUCAUCGCGGACAAGAAGAAAGCGCUCGUGCACGAGAUCACCCAGACCGUCGUCAAGCUGACGAACGCGAUCAACACCCGCGGCAAGCAGCUGGUGCUGCGGCUCAACGAAGUGUGCGACGCCAAGCAGCGCACGCUGAACGAGAAGAAGGAGGCGCUGGAGCAGCUGGCCGGCAUCACGGACCACUGCGUGGAGUUCGUGAACUGCGCGCUGGAGGGCGGCAGCGACACGGCCGUGCUGCACGCCAAGCACGCCAUCUGCGCGCACCUGCAGCGCAUCAAGAGCCGCCGCGCCGACAUCCCCAACCCCGAGAUCCCCGUGCGCAUCAGCCUCUCGCUCGACAAGCUGCCCGACCUCGUGCGCGUGUUGUCGAGCAUCGGCGCUAUCGUAGUAGACGGCAAGCCGGACGGAGGCGGUUCAAGCGGAGCGAGCGGUGCGCAGGGUCCCUACCACCCCCCCUCGACGGGGUCGGCGGGAGCGACCCACGGAGGUCACGGGGGCCACGUCCACGCGCAGCAGCACGCCGCGCUGCAGGGGGCGCUGCACCAGCAGCAGCAGCAACAGCAACAACAGCAGCAGCAGCAGCAAGCCUCACCGCACUCCGCCGUCGUGGCGCUCCAGCACGUCGCCAUGCACCAGUCGUUCGGGCCCGUGGGCGGCGGUGUGGGGGGCGGUGCGGGGGGCGGCUACCUCCCCCUGCAGCACCAGCUGCGCGCGCGCCACGCCACGCCGCUGCGCCACGCGCACGUCACGUCCACCACGCACCCGCACCAUCUGCACGGAGUGAACGAGUUGAACCUGCGCGGGCUGCUCAACGCGGCGGGGGCGGGGGCGGGGGCGAGGGGUGCGCGGGCCCUGCCCCCCGCCGCCCCACCGCCGCACCCCCCCGCACACCCGCAGCACACCGCGCAGAUCGCCAUGCACCACGCCUACCACCAGAUGAUGGGUGCGUACGCGAACUCGAACGCGUACGGCGCGGGCGGGCCGGCGGGCGGGCCGGCGGGCGGCGGCGGCGGGUCGGCGGGCCCGGGCUGCGGGCGGCGGAGCGGCGGGCCGCGCACGCCCUCCCCCGCGCCGCCCGGCCCGCCGCAGGCCCCCCCCGCCUACCCGCACGCCAAGUGGCACAUCCCGCAGCAGGCCCUCGCCAACGGCGGGUACGAGGCCGUGGCGGCGAGCCCGCAGGCGGGCGGCGGCACGCACGACUUCAAGAUCACCCUGGGCCGAGCGCCCCGCGCCCCCGCCCCGCCCAGCGUCACCUCCACCAACCCCAAGACGCCCAGCCCCAGCCUCAACGGCGCGACGGUCCCCGGCGAGCUGGACAAGGUGUGCGCGGCGUCGGUGCAGGAUCUGAUGGCCACCAUCGCCAAGCUGGACUCGAACGGCGUGCAGGUGGUGGCGGAGGCGCCGUCGCCCGCGCCGCACGUGCACUCGUCCACGGGCGGCGACUCGGACGCGCCCAAGCCCGGCCCCGGGGACCCCAACGAGGACUGGUGCGCCGUGUGCAUGGACGGCGGCGAGCUCAUGUGCUGCGACAAGUGUCCCAAGGUCUUCCACCAGUACUGCCACAUACCCACCAUCGAGAAGCUGCCCGAUGAGACAGAAACGUGGCAAUGCCUGCUGUGCGUGAACUUCGCGGAGCUGCCCCCUCCCAGCGCAGAAGAGGAGGCCGCCGCGGCGGAGGGGGGAUGUCUCCCGCCCCGAAUACAGAAGCUGGUGGAGCGCAUCACUCUGGAGCUGUACUGCCAGUACGAGCCUAGCCUGCCCUUCCGCGAGCCCGUGCCCCAAGAGAACCUGCACUACCACUCCAAGAUCUCGCGGCCGAUGUGCCUGGACAUGAUCCGCAUGAAGCUGCAGCCUCGCGCACCGCAGCGCUACUCGCACGUGGCGCAGUUCGUGGCCGACUGCCGCCUGCUCUUCCGCAACGCCUACAGGUUCAACCCGGUGGACAGUCCGUUCUACAAGGACGCUAAGCGGCUCGAGGAAUUUUUCGACUCGCAGCUGCUGAAGUGGCUGCCCGAGUACGCCUACUGGACCGGCGAAGUUAUCAGUAAGGAUAGAGUCGAAAGCGUGCAGUGGGCGGCUGUAUUUUGUUGUUGGUGCACCGUCAACUCGCCGCUCGACGUAUUUGUACGAGUACAGGCCGUAUUCGGACCACCGGUGGACACGACAAAAGACAGCUGUGUGACCUCGACUAGCGUGAAGGAUCAGUGA